CUCGCGAAUGGGCUAUAAAGCCGGGAGCUUCUGACUUCAGGAUGGAUACCUCCAUGAAGGGUGCCAAAGCACGAUGGAAGGUUCUGGCGAGCGCUGUUUUAGGUUACCGCAGCCUUGAAGCAAUUAGCGAGGAACAUCACAUAUCUGGCAAAAUGUCUCUUAAGCUGUUCAAAACAUCCCCUCUAUUGGUGUGCCCUGACACCGACUCUACUAAAACUAAUUUAAGCUCCAGUGAUUGGAUUGAACUGACGCCAUAUGAUCCACAACAAUCCAGGAUCCAAUGUACAUCAAGAACAUUGCGCCUAAAUAUAGGCAGGUCUUUGUAUUGGGCCGAUGAGAGUGCGCGCCAUCUGAAGGAGCGGCUUCGCAUUCUUUCUGGCUUUGAUAACACGGGGAAUGUUCGUUUGUGGUUGAGCGAGCUUCUUUUGGCACACGUCUUCUUGGUGCCUCAUUUCUAUCCGGUUUUAUGGAGUCGUCUGAAUGUAUCUGUGGGACGCGUAUGCGAACUGGGUGCUGGUAUGUCCGGUGCGGUUGGCUUGAGUGUUUCACUCUCCCCUUCAUCACUGAAACCACACUACAUAUUGCUAUCUGAUGGCAACGAUCGAUGCGUGAAGAACCUCAUGAGGGUGGUCCGAUAUCAUUUGGGGCGACUCGACAGGCUGGACACAAGUACUGAGUUCGAAGUCGCGAAAUUGGUUUGGCCAAAUCAGAUGACUCAGGUUUCUCCACGCAUCAUCAACAUGUCUUGGGGCUCAAUAACAGUGGAAUCCACAGAGAAUGGAAAAAUCAAUUCCAACGAGACUGUGACGUAUCGAGAUGCAAAAUUAUGGCCAGGGGGAAGCCGUGCUUGGGAUUGGGCUGAAACGGGGACUGGUCAUAUGGGAGGGAUCCAACCGACCGAUGUGGAUGAACUGAUCGCAUAUAAUCCAGAUACGGUGGUGCUCACUCGUGGUGUCCUUUACGUGUUGCAAGUACCGGAGUCCACCCAGGCUUAUGUCCGCGAAAAGCUACCUGGGGUGGAGCUGAUUGUAGAGAACAGUCGGAGUGCCCUUACAACAUAUAACGCCAAAGUGGAGCAAGGUAAACGUGUGGCUGCUCUGAUUCACACGACAUGCUAA